UCGAUAAUUUCUGGUCGGGACACUGAAAACCAUAUAAAAGGCAAACGCUUAAAUUAUCGUCAAAAUCUCCCUCUCUCUCUCUUCCGAAACUCCCUGGAUUACAAAUUUCUUGGGAAUUAGAAAUCAAAUUAAGGAGAUUUGAUUUGAGUUGAGUUUUGAAACGAUGAGCAUUACCGCGAAUCAAAGAGGGUCCCGAUCAUGGGCCACCGCCGAGGAGUUGCCGGUGUCCAGUGGGGCCCCGAUACCGCCUAAGAAAAAAUGGUCAAAUGCGAUGCCUCUGUUCAUCGCUCUCGUCGUCAUAGCAGAGAUCAUCUUUCUGGGUCGUCUUGAUGUGGCUAAAAAUGUAGCCAUGGUCGAUUCAUGGGCUGAUUUGUUCUACCGCUCGCCGCCUUCUCGUGCACUGAUCGGCGGAGCUGAUGAUUUGAAUUCCCGGUUUAUUGACGGCGAUCGGAUUUCGGAAUUGGGGAUGUGUGAGGAGUGGUUGGAGAAAGAAGAUGCUGUGACGUAUUCUAGGGACUUCCAAAAGGAGCCGAUAUUGGUGUCUGGUUCUGAUGAGGGGAGGAAAUCCUGUGCUGUAGGAUGUGAAUUUCAGGCCAGACCAAGUAAGGAUCCGGAUGCUGCUUUUGGUUUAAAUUACCAGGGUGGAAUGCCUUCAAUUAUUCGAUCCAUGGAAUCAUCUCUAUAUUAUGCAGAUAACAAUAUUGCCCAGGCCCGACGGAAUGGCUACAGUAUAGUAAUGACCACCAGUCUCUCGUCAGAUGUACCUGUUGGAUACUUCUCCUGGGCCGAGUAUGAUAUCAUGGCUCCAGUGCAGGCAAAGAGUGAGAGUGCCCUUGCAGCUGCUUUCAUUUCGAAUUGUGGUGCUCGUAACUUCCGCCUGGAAGCUCUUGAGGCUCUUGAAAAGCUGAAUGUCACAAUAGAUUCCUAUGGUGCUUGUCACAGAAAUCGUGAUGGAAGCACAGUGAACAAAUUGGAGACUCUGAAGCGCUACAAGUUCAGCUUGGCUUUUGAGAAUUCCAACGAGGAAGAUUAUGUGACUGAAAAAUUUUUCCAGUCUCUAGUUGCUGGAGCUGUUCCAGUGGUUAUUGGAGCUCCAAACAUUCAAGAGUUUGCUCCUUCACCUGCUUCACUUUUGCAUAUCAGGGAACUUUCAGAUGUUGAGUCAGUUGCCAACUCUAUGAAAUACCUUGCAGCAAAUCCUGAGGCAUUCAACAACUCUCUGAGGUGGAAAUAUGAGGGUCCAUCUGAUUCUUUCAAGGCACUAUUGGAUAUGGCAGCAGUUCAUUCGUCAUGUCGCCUUUGUAUUCAUGUGGCAACAGGUAUUCACGAGACCGAAGAAAAGGGUCUAGCAUUCAAAAAUCGACCUUGUAAAUGCACCAGAGGUUCUGAGACUGUUUAUCACUUGUAUGUGAGAGAAAGAGGAAGGUUUGAUUCAGAGUCCAUUUUCUUGAGGUCCAGUAAUCUGACGCUUGAAGGUCUGGCGUCAGCAGUGAUUUCGAAGUUCAAUUCUCUGAAGCACGAACCAAUAUGGAAGCAGGAGAGGCCUAAAAGCUUAAAAGGAGGAGAUGGAUUAAGGUUGUACAAAAUAUACCCAGUUGGGUUGACGCAAAGGCAAGCUCUAUAUACCUUCAGAUUUAAAGGGGACUCUGAACUCAGAAGAUACGUGGAAGAUAACCCUUGUGCCAAAUUUGAAGCCAUUUUUGUGUAGUUUGAAGGUUGUUUCAUUUCUUGUUUGACUCGAUUAGGCUACAAAAACCCUUUGUAAAUGAGAUAAUGGCCAACACGCACUUUAGUUUAGAGAGGAAGUUCAUCGUUAUAUGAUCUUUUCACAGAAGAAUAUUAUACUAAAUUUUGUUUGGGGUUCAAGAUAAUUUCUUUUUUUUAAAAAAAAAAAAAUAACUUUCCUCU